AUGCGGCGCCUGCAAGUCACCAGAGCUAGCACGCGCGGGAAGCCCACCAGCGACAAUCAGAUCGACGUCAACUUGGUUCCUGCCGAUCUGCAAGUCACCAUGAACGACCGCGGUCGAGCCCAUGCUGCAACCGGCCGCAUGGAGCCAUCCGGUAUUUCCUUCACUCAGCUGGUUGAGAUAGCCGAUCAAGCCCAGCUCCCAUGCGCUGGCGAUACUGAGGAUUUUGCCCACGCGGCGGAAGACCCCUUCACGGUGCGGCGUGCUCACGCCUACGUCACGACCACUCACGACCACCACGGGAUCUUGGAGGAGACAAAUCAAGUGAUCGAAAUCCCCAACUCCUACGACGAAGCCAUGAGCUCUCCCCAGCGCGAAGAAUGGAAAGGAGCGUGCAGCAAGGAAAUGGACAAUCUACGGAAACACAACGUCUACAAUCUGGUGCCCCUCAGCAGCGUUCCCAAGGGAGAGAAGAUCCUCGCAACGAAAUUCGUCUUCAAGAAAAACCUGGACGGACGCUUCAAAGCUCGCCUGGUAGUAGGAGGACAUCGUCAGGAGCCAGGACAGGAUUGCGGACGCAGCAACGCCCCAGGAUGGCGUAUCGGGAGCAUUCACAUGACGUGCGUCAUUGGCUGCCACGAAAACUGGCCCAUCUACCAGCUGGACGUUGUCGUUGCCUUCCUGAACGCCCUCUUCGACAGAGACGUGAACGUCAGACCCGCCCCCGGUACAUCCGCCAAGAACUCCGCGACAGGAGAACUCAUGGUGUACAAACUAGAACGGAGCCUCUACGGCCUAUCGCAGUCGCCGGCGCUCUGA